CACACACUCGAGUGCAUGAUUCUAUUUCAUUGCGCACUUUGCAUUCGAGAAAGAAGAUUAACGCAAGUACCGCGGCAAGCUAACAUAUAAAGAAGAUAUAAAAGACAAUAGUUUAUCGCAGAGUGAUUGAUUUAAAAAAGUUGAAAGCGUUUUGGAAUUGAUAUUUUCGAGCGCGCUCAUGAGAAACGGUACAGCCAGCGUCAUCUAGCCAUCUAGCAGCUAUUUGGAUGGUUAGCGCCAUCUCGAGCAGAAUAUUUCCUAUCGUUCCCACAUGGUGUGUAUUGUUUUGAACGAAUUAGGCAGUGACAAGUUAUAAAACUGCAAAUUUAUUUGAACGAUAACAGAGUGUUAAAGAACAAAUAAAUAUGGGAAAAACUAAGAAAACAAGAAAAGUUGUUAUGCAGAGGUUUGCACAAAUGAAGAAAAUGAUAAGUUUAAGGGAUUCGAGAAUAAAAGAGGAAUUACGUGCACCGGCGAAAGCGAAAAAAGAAGAUCCCACGGAAUUGAAAAUAAAAGAAGCGCCUCAACAAUCGUCGGCAUUGUUUUUCCAAUACAACACGCAAUUAGGUCCUCCCUAUCAUAUUCUGGUGGAUACAAACUUUGUUAAUUUUUCGAUUAAAAACAAACUAGAUAUUAUAGAAAAUAUGAUGGAAUGUCUUUACGCUAAAUGCAUACCGUACAUAACAGAUUGCGUUUUAGGCGAAUUGGAAAAGCUAGGACAAAAGUAUAAAAUAGCGCUGAAGAUUAUAAAGGAUCCUAGAUUCGAAAGAUUAAAUUGUAUACAUAAAGGCACUUACGCGGACGACUGCAUCGUUAACAGAGUGACUCAACAUAAAUGUUACAUCGUUGCGACAAACGACAAAGACUUGAAGAGGCGGAUACGAAAGAUACCCGGAGUGCCUAUUAUGUACGUUGCUCAGCACAGGUACACGAUAGAGAGAAUGCCAGAUGCGUAUGGGGCUCCUAAGAAAUGAUAGGAUAUUUUUAGUACGGAUAAUGUUUAACCCUGAUAUACACUGCGUAAUAAAAUAUGUUAUGUUUUGUUAACA